GCAGAAGUUUAGGUGGAUAAGCGGAGGGAAGCGGCUGUUGCCACCGAUGACGCCGUCUCCGUCAGAACAGACAUCUCAGCCGAGUUCACUCGCCAUGCUCUCACUUCCACAGAUGUGUGAAAGUAUACUUGGGUAGCAUUUCAACUUUAAGAAAAUUGGAAGUACAGAAACUGCAAGGGAAAAUAAAAAAAUCACAUUUCAUUUUUCCUUUCAAUUUUCCAGGGUAAACUCAAAAAUAAGAAAAUCACAUUCCAUAACAUUUCCCCCCUUACCUUAGUAUUUUCCUUGAUCGAAUCACACCCUUCAGGUUGGGUCAGCUUGAAGUGCCUGAAGAUGAGGUGAUGCAUAAGUCAAAGACCUGUUAAGAAGAGUUUACAUUCCUGUUGGCCUUACCCGAUUAGCAUUACUCGGAAUCCAAGUGCAUGAGUGUGCCAUGUCUGAGAAGGACGACUUGGCAGUACAAAUAUGCUUACCUGUUCUUGAGUUAAGACCGGGCAUUUGUGCCAUUCCUAUUAGAAAAGGAGAGAAUUUCACUGUGGUGUUUGAAGGACAAGACUUUGGAGAGCUUAGUCUAUUUUCUUAAUAAACUGAAUGUUUAUGAAAACGAAUCAAAAGGGUGUGUUGCUGUUUUCUUGGUUUCAAACAAAGGGCAGCAGAAGCACCGGAUGACAUAAGAGAUGUUUUUAGCAAAUAUUCUGAUGAGAAUGGAAUCAUGACUGCAGAUGGCUUACUCAAAUUCUUGGAGGUGAUUCAAGAAGAGGCUGGUGCAACCAUUGAGACAGCUGAAAAGAUUUUGAACAGUGUGAAGCGUCUACAAAAGGGUUUUGACAUUGAUCAGUUUUUCCAUUACCUGCUGAGUGAUCAGAACAAUGCCUUCAACACAAAAGUUCACCAUGACAUGAGCGCUCCUUUGGCACAUUACUUUAUAUUUACUGGACAUAACUCUUAUCUCACUGGAAAUCAAUUCAGCAGCAAAAGCAGUGACAAACCCAUAGUGAAGGCUUUAAAGGAAGGCGUGAGAGUGAUCGAAUUGGACCUUUGGCCUAAUUCAAAUAAGAAUGAUAUCAAAGUUUGUCAUGGCAGGACAUGGACAUCACCGGUUAAACUAAUCAAAUGUUUGAAAGCCAUCAAGAACAAUGCAUUUGUUACUUCAAAAUAUCCUGUCAUAAUAACUUUUGAAGAUCACCUUGAUGCAAAUCUUCAAGCAAAAGUGGCAAUGAUGGUCAAACAAACUUUUGGAGACAUGCUGUUUUGUCCUGAAUCAGAUCUAAAUGAGUUUCCUUCACCAGAAUGUCUAAAGGGGAGAGUUAUGAUUUCAACAAAGCCUCCAAAGAAAUACUCAAAGUCUGGGAGUGUAAUCAAACGACAUUCCAUAAAAGAGACCAGUUUUGCUACAAAUGGACUUUCAUCCACUCAUGGGUCUCACCAUUUGCAUGCUGAUGUUUUAGAGGGUGAUGACGAAGAGAGUACAACCGAAUACAAAAAAUUGAUUGCCAUCUGCGCUAGCAAACUCAAGGGUAGUAUGAAAAAUUUACCCAGCCAUGAUCACAAAGUUACUCGUCUUAGCAUGAGUGAAGAAACACUUAAACUUAGUAUAAACAGCCACGGGAGGGAACUUAUCCGGCUUACACAACGGAGCUUUUUGAGAGUGUACCCCAAGGGUUCGCGCAUCACCUCAUCAAAUUAUAAUCCUUUUACUGGAUGGAUGCAUGGAGCACAGAUGGUUGCGUUUAACAUGCAGGGAUAUGGAAAGUAUCUGUGGAUUAUGCAAGGGAUGUUCAGAGCUAAUGGUUGCUGUGGUUAUUUGAAAAAACCGGCAUUUCUAUUAGGCGAUGGAAACUAUGAUGAAGUUUUUGAUCCAAUGGCUUUGCCAGUAAAAAAAACUUUGAAGGUUAAUAUAUAUAUGGGAGAAGGGUGGCGUACCGACUUCCACUUCAGACAUUUCGAUUUUUGUUCACCGCCAGACUUCUACACAAAGGUCAGCAUAGUAGGAAUGCCAUGUGACUGUACGAGAGCAAAGAAAACUCACAAAAUUGAUGAUCAGUGGGUGCCAACAUGGAACGGAAAUGAAUUUAAGUUCCAGCUACGCUUUCCUGAACUAGCAUUGCUUCGGGUUGUGGUUAGGGAUCAUGACCCUGCUGGAGAAGAUGGAUUUGGUGGGCAGACUUGCUUGCCUAUUUCUGAGUUGAAAACCGGCUUCCGCUCUGUUCCACUGUAUGACCACAGAGGCGACAAAUACAAAAAUGUCAGGCUCCUUAUGGGUUUCAAUUUUAUUUGAUGUGUACUUGCACUUUGCACGCACACACACAGAUUUAGUUCACACCAAUGGGUUGGAGCGUCGUGUGCUUAUGGGUUUCUUAAGAGUCUUUUGGCUUAAGAAGGGUGUAAGGGGCGGAGUUUGACCCUUUACAAGUUUUCGGAAAUUAAGAAUGAAUGCAUUUACAAGCAUGCUAAUGUGUUCACCAUGUAGUUGGACCUUGGACGAGCAUGAUGUUCUCAUCUCAUGGAAAAGGGUAUAUUUUUAUGAGUUUGGAGCAUCAUGCUCGUUUGCCCAUUUUAAGAACAUUGAAUAUACCUCUGGGUGUUUUAGAUCCAAUGCCCCAUUGAGCUAAGAAGUGAGCUGUAAUAUUCAUUUGUUGAAGCGAGUAACAAAAUGUAGAUUAUAAGGACUUCAACAUGAAUUUUAUGUGUAUUUAUAAGUUUUGGUUUAAUUGAGUGAUUUUAUUUGAG